CUAGUUUCUCUCAGUCUGAGUCUGGCGGUUACAAGCUAAGACAUGUUUUCCCGUCUUCGCAAGCAUUUUGGGAGGGGGAACGUCGAUUCUGGAGAGACUAGAGUGAAGGAGUCUGGCCUUUCGUCUCAAAGUAAUGAUGGACAAAGACAGCACUUCUGGGGAAUGUGGAACGCUGGGAGAGAAACAUCUUCCCCUGAAACUGCCCUAAGCAAGGAGCAGGCCAAGAAGGAAAAGGAGAGGCUGAUUAAAGAGCUGCAGCUCAUUACCAAGGAGAGAAAUGACCUGAGAGAUCGCCUGAGGUUUCUGACAGAGAGAUCCAAGAACAACUGGCCACACUUCAGGCCACAUCCAUAUUAUGAAGACCUGGAGAGAAUGGAGAAGGGGGUCAUGUCAAUUCUGCACAACUUAGAGAUGGAGAACACUGAGAUCCAUGAGAACAGCCAUAAGCUGAAGAAGGAGAUGACCUUCUCCAGAAACCUGCUCAGCCAGCUCCUGAUGGAGAACACAUGUAGGAAGAAGUUGGUCCCACUGAAGCAGGAGAGCAAGGAGGUACAUCUUGAGUGUGCACUGAACCAGAAAUAUUUGCUUGACUUCAAGAAGAAAGAUAAAGACCAGCAACGUCCAGACCCAGCAUCAUCUGGUCUCAGAAAGUGCAAGAGAGCUGGAAUUGGACACACAGCAGUAAGAGAGCUUCCUGAAGAAUAAGUUGCUUUCUCAGGAGUCCCUGAUGACAAACAUCCUGAAUGAAAACUCCACUUGAGAGACAGCUUGGGGGACCGCCUUUCAUCAUGUGUGCUAGAGGAGAAACAGCAAUACAUCUGUGCUCUACAUGUUCGUGAAGAAUAUGCU